UUGGCAGUCGUGGUUGUUUCUUCUGUUUUUGCUGUAGUACUUACUUCUGCUGUUGGUACUUCUUCUUUAUGUGACGUGAACACUUUUGCUUUGAGAUAUGGAUUCUUCCAAGGUUUUUUCUCCGUGGUUGUAGUCAAACUUUGCUCUGUACUCAAAUUUUCGUUAGCAGCGGUGGUUGUGGUCUCUGUUGUAGUAGGCGUUAUGUCUUCCUUAGGUGUUUCUGAAGUACUUGAAGUGUACGGAAGUGUAGAAGUGGCUGUUGUAGAAUCAGAAGAACUUUGCGAUGUCACUUCCAUUACUUCUAUACUCGUAACAAGAGUAGGAAAAGAAUUUUUUGCUUUAGGGGUUGUUACCAUCGAUGAAGCUGUAGUUGACGUUGUUCGAUGUUCCAUUUUCGUUUCAUCAUCUACAGUACGCAUUGGAGGUGGUUCCGUUUUGGCUUCUGUCGCAGUACUACUAGUAGCGGUACUGGAUUUAGCAGUUAUUUCAGGAGCUACCUCGUCAAUUAACGUCGUCACAAAGAGAGUGGAUGUUUGGACAGGUUUUUCCGUGGUGGAGGUUUCCGAAACAGUAGUAGUUUUGGGCUCAGAGGUCACAGUCACUGUGCCUAUGGUAUUGCUAGGAGCAGUUGAUUCUAAAGGAGCUGCAGAAGUUUCAGGCUCAGAGGUUACAAUUGCUGCUAUCGUACUGCUAGGGGCAGUAGAUUCUGAAGGAACUGCAGAAGUUAUAGACUCAGAAGGCAGAGUUACUGUUUGCGUAGUUCUGCUAGCUGCAGUAGAUUCCGAAGGAGGUGCAGAGGUCCUUGAAUCUGUCAAUGUGUCAGAAUUUGUAGUAAGUCUACUUUCUGCUGUGGAUGAGCCAUCGGUGGCCGACAGGGUUACAGCAGAAGUCGUUUCAGGACCUUGA